AUGAACUACCCGACGGGCUCAGGUUUCAAUCCAAGGAACAGUCCAACCAAUCAUAAAGUUCCUGAACUAGACGAAAUGGAAGAAAUAGAAAAAGCAAAGGUUGAACUGGCAAGACAAUUCGAAGAUCGAUACAAGUGGUUGGAAGAAAAACUUAGAGUGAUGGAGAAUGCUGAUUACCAUCGCGGGGUCGAUGCCAAGGAUCUAAGUUUGGUCCCUGAUCUAGUACUCCCGCCAAAAUUUAAGACUCCAGAGUUUGAAAAGUAUAAUGGGACUAGUUGUCCUGAAACUCACAUUACAACGUUCUGUCGAAGGAUGACGAGAUAUGUUAAUAAUGACCAAUUAUUAAUUCAUUGCUUCCAAGACAGCCUGAUCGGGUCAGCAGCUAAAUGGUACAAUAAAUUAAGUCGUGCUAAAAUCAAUUCAUGGAAAGACUUAGCACGGGCUUUCAUGAAGCAGUAUGGCCACGUGACUGACAUGGCGCCCGACAGAAUUACACUACAGAAUAUGGAAAAGAAGCAAGGUGAGGGCUUCAGGCAAUAUGCCCAAAGAUGGAGAGAGGUAGCGACGCAAGUCCAACCACCUCUUCUAGAGAAAGAAACUACAUCUCUUUUCAUCAAUACUCUGAAAGCCCCGUUCAUCAACCAUAUGUUGGGAAUCACUACUCUGAGCUUUUCAGAUAUAGUGAUGUCCGGUGAGAUGAUUGAAAAUGCAAUCAGGAGAGGGAAGAUAGAUGUAGGAGAAAACGCUAAAAGGUCAACCCCGAGAAACAGCGAAAAUGAAGUGAACAUUAUGAGCAUGCCUUCCAAAUUGCUCAACAUAGGCCAACUGAGGAUUGUAACCACUAGCUAUCAAGGCUCUUUGAGGCAGGAAUCUAACUCAAGGUCGAAUACAGAAAGGCUCUGGUUUACACCCAUCCCAAUGUCAUAUAAAGAGUUGUAUCAAAAUCUCUUUGAUGUGCAUGUUGUGUCUCUGUCUUACUCGGAACCUGUGCAACCUCUGUUCCUGAAAUGGUAUAAUGAGAAUGCUCAAUGCGAGUACCAUGCAGGAAUAACGGGGCACUCAAUCGAAAACUACACUACAUUUAAAAAGUUGGUCGAAAGGUUCAUUGAAAUGGGAGUUGUAAAGUUUGACGAUUUCUCAGAACCAAAUCACUCUGACAAUGCAGUAAAUACAAUUUGA